UACCAAAAAGCUCAGCAGAGGUAAAAAGCAGCCUGGCGUACAUACAUAUGCACGAACAUAGUAGAAAACCUAUUGUGCAUUCAGUGGAAUUGGAAUACCUAGCAUAUUUUUAAAUCUUGGAAUACCAGAGAACAAGCUUGCAAUAGUUUACGAUUUGGUAAACAAAUAGUUUUAUUACAUACGUUCAUAGCCAUUACAAGUAGCUGGUGUAGAAUACACAUUUGAAAGAUGGUGAAACUCUUUGCAUUGAGCAUCUUUUACAAGGGUCCAACAGAGGCACGACUGUUGAAAUCGGCUUACGAUUUGCAAUCAUUUUCUUUCUUUCAACGCGGCACAGUUCAGGAGUUUAUGACUUUUGCAUCAAAAACGAUAGUGGAGCGUACACAGCCAGCGAUGCGACAGUCAGUAAAGCAGGAAGCUUACAUGUGUCAUGUAUAUGUCCGUGCUGAUAACUUGGCGGGUGUACUGAUUGCUGAUCAUGAAUAUCCACAGCGUGUUUCACAUACACUCAUCACUAAGAUAUUGGACGAAUUCAGCGCUAAAAUAGGGCCAGAACGUUGGGAAACAGGGGCUGAAUCUACCAUUGACUUUAGCGUACUACCCGCAUAUUUAGCAAAGUAUCAGGAUCCCAAAGAGGCAGAUGCGUUGACGAAAAUGCAAAACGAUUUAGACGAAACUAAGAUUAUUUUAAAGAAUACCAUCGAAGCGGUGCUCGAGCGCGGCGAAAAGUUAGAUGACAUGGUAAUCAAGUCAGAAAAUCUUUCAAUACAAAGUAAAGCUUUCUAUAAGACAGCUAAAAAGACCAAUUCAUGUUGCAGUUUCAGUUAAGUGUAGGUUACAGAAACAUAAAAAUAUGAAGUUAUUGCGAAAAGAAAUAUAUUUUCUUUUGAAGUGUUUGCUGUUUGCAAUGCCGUUUACCACAUAUUUGAGUUAAUACUGAUGCUUGAGGUGGUGUUGCUUUUUAAAUUUAUCAAACAAAAAAAAAAUAUAUAUAUAUAAAUCACAGAAGUUUAUUAAUGUAGGAAGAAAGGGAGUUGUUACGACAAACUAAUAAAAAAAAGUAUAAAAAAAUAUACAAUUAGCUCAAGAUAAAGGAA